UAUGAUGAUUUAUCAACAUCAUCUAAACAAGUUUAUUCUCCUGAUUUUUCUAAUAUUAUGAGUGAUGAUUUAAUUAUUUUAUUAUCAUUUCAAAGUACUAAUAAACAACUAUUGUCCAAAGAUGAUAUUAAUUCUGAUAAUAAAUUAGGGACAGAUUCAGCUAUCAAAUUGUUGCUUGCAUAUUUAUCAGAAAAUUUCUCUAGCUAUCGUAAAAAUAAAAAGAAGUUUUAUAUAAAAUCUGCUUUGCAUAUAGGUAGUAAAACAAGUACACAAGUUCAUAGAAAAGUACAAAGCCUUAUUAGAAAAUAUUCUGAAGAAAAAAAAGAAAAAACAGGAAAAGGAAUAUCAAAAUGGCCUUACUUUUAUUUAAUGAAUAAAAUUUUUGGAAACUCUUAUAUAGAAUCUAUAGCAGCUAUUAGUGAAAGUAAAAAGAUGUCUACUGAAUAUAGAAAAAAGUGGAAUGAGGAUCAUGCUAAAAUUGA